AUGGCUGAUGACGAGGGUGCUUCUCCCCGCGAGCUGGUCGUGGAAGCCUGCCGCCGCGACCAACCACACCUAAUUGAGCAAGUCCUGCACGACAUGGAAAGCCAGUCCAACGAGGACGUGGCCAAAUUCUUCAACGAGGUCACGGAUACCAUGGGAAACCACGCUUUGCACAUUUGCGCCAGCUACGGCAGCUACGACGUUAUGGACGCCCUUUUCGAUAUUCAAUACUUCGAAUGCGACCCCCUCACCCGCAUCGACAAGGACACCCCCCUCCACACCGCCGUACGCUUCGCCAACGAGAAAGACGCCGAGUUAGGCGCUGAGAUGAUCGCCAUGAUGUGCGAGGCUGGUUGCGACCCGCGCGUGCGCAACAAGCACGGGCAAAAACCGGCUGAUUUGGUCUUCGAUAAGCCCGCCAUUAAGCAGACUCUUGCCUCGGCCGAGUAUAUCCUGGCGGAGGGCAUUCACAACGAGGAGGGCAAUGGGUCGGUGCAUGAUAGUGCUAGCGAUAGCGAAUAA